CCGUCGUGGCACUGGAGUGCGUUAUCAAAUACGCAGCUGUUGCAUUGGGAAAAACCCGCGUUACCGUAGUGUAGCACUUAUCCGCUCACAAAUACAGCGGCCCGUUUUUUAAACAGGUUUUACAUCUUCUCGCCAAGAAAACGGGGCGAUAGUUUCUCACGUGUGAAACAAUCUUCCGCGGGCCAGUCCGUUAAAACAACUGCGUUUGUCAACAUGUACGCUCAACUUUUGCCGGUGCUGCUGGUCGCUUGUGUGCUGCUCGGAAGCGUGGCUUCCGCACCCCCGUCCACGGCAGACAUCAUAUUUCCGGUGGUGGACGAUCUAGCCAUUGGCGAUCCGUGUACGAUCGAACCAUCGCCCGAUCCGACCGGCAUUCAGUUCGCCAGGGAAGGAAUCUGUCAGCGGGUGCGUGACUGCCCAACGUUUAUUCCACGCAUCAUACGGGAACCGUUCGACAUUCGGCGCGAUGUUUGCUACUUUGAGGUGCACGAUCCGGUGGUUUGCUGUGUGGAAUUACCCGUGUCCGCCGAACUGGUGCCGCUGAACAGCAACAAACGCCUGUCCUUGGAUGAUCUAGACGAUACUAAUCUAAUUCAUUAGUGUACUGUUGGAGCUCACAGGGUGGUCCUACCCAGGGAGGGUUGAUAUUAGGACAGCACGACUGCAUUAAAGCACAUUUUGCUCGGGUUUAGUCAUUAGUCAAAUGUAUAGCUCGUAAAAAGUUAUUUACAGGAAAACGCCCGCUAGGAAAUAAAGUUUAAAUACUUGUUUAAUAUUUUUAAAAA